GUCAAUAAGGAGAGCUUUUUUAUUUAGGUUCAGCAGCCUAGGUUGAUGACAACUUUAAUUGCCACCAGUUUUCUAUAUAUAAUCAUAGAUGCAGAUGCUUCUUUCUUGUUCCUUUCUUCACACUUAUCCAUAAUUUAAAAAUGGAAAGACGAAAACAUCAUGGCAAAAAUGUGUUUACCACAGCAGCAUUUUUAUGUGUCCUUCUUUGUUGGUCAAUCACAAUUUCAGUAGCAUCCCCGCAAUUUAAUAUAAUCAAUGAUCGUGAUGUAUAUGGCAACAAAUGUAAGCUUCCUACUUAUUAUUCUUACCCUUGUCCAACACUUUGCGUUCGUGAUAUAUCCAUGUGUCCUCCUACAAACCAGCCUCCUAUUUGCCCUACCGGUACUACUUACUGCGUUGAUGGUGAAUGUCGUGAUACAUGUUCUGAAUCACUGGUUUCUUUAUGCGGCUGCCCUGGGGCCCCUGCAUUGGAGGGGAAGCUAUAUCCUUGUAGUGCCGAAACUAUCCAUACAAACAUUGAAAACUUUAUAGCUGAAAAUAAGGCAAAUCAAAGUGCUGAAGCAUGUAGUAGAGCUGUGAACAUUCAGAACAUACCUAAUUGGUCCCCGAAUCCCGAUUCAAUUAUGUGGAAAGAGUGCCCAACCCCUGAUUAUGGAGCUUUAACAUUUACCGAAGGUGUCUUUAUUGCUUUGUAUACUUACUAUGGAUCAUGCAUUGUUGUUUUACUCACAUGGGUUCUUUAUAAAAAUGCAAAAGAGAAGUCAAUUAAGGCUAAUUUCCAUAAGGUAAAUGACCUUCGAACAGAUGAAUACAAUGAAAACGGCAAGGAAAAGGAAGUCAGUGAAAAAAUCGAUGGUCAAAAAACUGGUUUAAGCGACGACGAGGUCUCUUCUGUUGAAGAAAACGAAGAUGAUAUGGUGAUUCAUGCUUAUAAAACAAAUUGGCUUGGCAAGAUCGUUGCAUAUAUUAUUUUUGUCCAAACGAUUGGUCAAAUUUGUUUUAUGAUCAUGAUGGUGAAGGAUUACUACACAGAUUUUCUUUUAUUCCGGGGAUUUAGCGAGAUUCAAGCUAGUACUUUUAUAGCUAUGUGGUACAUUUUCUUCUUUUGGUUUGCCAGUUUGACAAUUUUUAGAUUCAGAUUACCCAAUUUCUUCAGAAUCAGAUGCAGUUAUGGUCAAGGUGAAUAUGUGCAAGUUGAAAAAAAUGAAACCGCUUUGAUUUUACUACAGGGUCAGUCAGAUAAGGUUAUGGAUUUUGUAAGAUACUUAGAAACAACAGCCAAGCGUAUUGCCGGUAUGGAUGUGAUAGUUACCAAUGCCCCUCUCAAAUCAACCUCCAGUGGCACAAAGUACUUUAUUUAUCAAUGUACUCGAUAUGUAUAUCAGCCAGAAACUGAAAUUUUUUCCCCGCAUCAAAUUCAUUUGGGUGAUACUAACGCGGAGCUUGCAAAACUUAACCAAGGCCUUAGUACUGAAGAAGCAAGACUUAGACAAGAGCUGAUAGGCCCUAACUUUAUUGAGGUUUAUGUACCCAACUUUUCAAGAGCCUUAUUUCAAGAAUUCUGUGCUUUCUUUUAUAUCUAUCAAUUUACAAUUCUUUGGUUAUUUUAUUAUUUUGCUUAUUGGGAGGUCGGUGUUGCCGACACUGCUGUUAUUCUUAUAUCCGCACUUGUCAAGGUUAUUGUACGUCUUCGUGCUGAAAAACGUAUCAAGCAAAUGGCAGAGUAUACGGACAAUGUCAACAUAUAUAGAAAUGGGCAAUGGGAGAAUAUGUCGACCGCAGACCUUUUACCUGGAGAUGUUUUUGAAGUGACCGAAGGAAAAACUACACCAUGUGACGGCGUAAUUUUGACUGGUAAUGUUGUAGCAGAUGAAAGUUCUCUCACGGGUGAACCGUUACCUAUUCGCAAGUUUCCUCUUCGUCAAGAUGAUAUCAGUACGGUCUAUGACAGAAUUGGUGCCAGCAAAAUCUCGACUAUCUUUUCCGGCACAGGUAUCUCACAAGCCCAACCUACCGAAAAAGGUGGUAAAGUAACUGCUUUGGUGACACAUGUCGGUACUGCAACAGAUAAGGGUGAACUUAUUAAGAAGAUUCUGUUUCCCACCCGAGUAUCAUUUAUUUUCAACGAGCAAAUUAAAAUCGUUAUCUUGAUUUUACUUUGCUGUGGUCUGGUCUCUUUAGGUUUAGCAAUUUGGUUGUAUGCAAAAGGGACAAGUGCCUGGUUCUAUUCCAUGUUUGCUAUUGGUCAACUUGUCUCUCCAUUGCUUCCUGCUGCUUUAGUUGUUGGUCAAUCAGUAGCUGCUGGACGUUUGAGAAAAAAAAACAUUUUCUGUGUUGAUUUACCUCGUAUUUUGAUGGCGGGAAAAAUUCAAUUAUUCUGCUUCGAUAAGACAGGUACUCUGACAAAGGAAGGUCUUGAAUUUUUUGGUGCCCAGCCUGUUGUAAACUCCAAUGAUAUUGUUGAAAACCUGAAAGCCAAUUUGACACCCGAGUUUAGUAAACAUGAAGAAACCAUUGAAAAUGUCCCUAAGCUGAUGGAAAUUGGUAUCGCCACCUGUCAUGCUGUUACGACUUUAAACGGACAGUUUAUUGGUAACCCUGUUGAUAUCGAAAUGUUCAAAUCUUCCAAAUGGCACUUAUCUCAAGAUUCCAAAUACGUCGACACUCUCACCCCUCCUUCUGGUUCCGCUUCUGAUGUCCAUAUCAUUAAACGUUAUGAAUUUGUCCAUUCUCGUAUGUCUAUGUCCGUUGCUGUUCUUGAUUCAAGCACAAACAAAAUACAUAUUUUUGUAAAGGGUGCUUAUGAAAAGAUCAAGGAUUUGUCUAACCCUAACUCUGUUCCUUCUGAUUAUGAUCGCGUCACUGCUAAUCAAGCAAGACAAGGCUGUUACGUACUCUCAUUGGCUCAUCGUGAAAUUGAUUUAGAAAAAGUUGGAGGAUUAGAAGCUUUCAGCCAUUGGACUCGUGACCAGAUGGAAGAAAACAUCAACUUCAUUGGUCUCAUUAUUUUCAAAAACCAGCUUAAACCCGAUACGGCCGAAAACAUCGCUGAACUAAAGCGAGGUGAUACUCGAACAAUUAUGAUUACUGGUGACACUGCUCUAACUGGUGUAUAUAUUGCUCGUCAAUGUGGCAUGUCUAUGACUAGUACAAACAGAUUUCUUUUGGGAGAUUACGACAAAUCUAAGAACCGUGUUGUCUGGACCGAUGUGGAUGAGCCUGACACUUUUAAUGACGUUAACGUGGACGAAUAUCUAUUAAAUAGAGAUCACACUCCUUUAGAGUUGGCGGUAACUGGUAAGGCUUUCCAAUGGCUUGUAGAUAAAGAUUUGAUUAGAAAGUAUUUGUUGGAUAUUCGUGUUUUUGCUCGCAUGACUCCUAAUGGAAAGGUACAAUGUGUACAGCUUCAUAUGGAACGUGGUAUCACAGCCAUGACCGGUGACGGUGGAAAUGAUUGCGGUGCACUCCGUGCUGCUCACGUUGGUAUUGCAAUGUCAGAUGCGGAAGCAUCUAUUGUGUCCCCUUUUAGUACUAGUGUCCGAAGUGUCCGUUCUUGCGUUGAAUUAAUCCGUCAGGGACGUGGUGCUCUUGCUACUUCUAUUACCGGCUACAAAUACCUAAUCAUGUAUGGUCAAGUUAUGAUGAUGCUGAAAGUAUUCACUUUUUAUUUUGCAAUUUCAAUGUCAUCAAAUCUAUGGAUUGCCAUUGAUGUUUUUAUUACUGUUCUUUUAACCUGGGCUGUUUCUCAAUCUAAAGCUGCUAAGCGUCUUGAACCUCAACGUCCUACCGCACGUCUAUUAGGCCCUCAAACAAUGGCAUCUGGCGUGGGCUUAGCUCUUAUUAAUUGGAUUUUUAUUAUUAGUGCCUACGUCCUAUUGUUUAAGCAAGCAUGGUUCCGUUGUAACGAAUUUGAUUCCAGAGCAGUUGACAUGUCCAAGUGGUGGUUGCUGUCUGACAACUAUGAAGGUCAAAUUCUUUCCUUCUUAUGUCUUUUCCAAUUCAUUAACAAUGCUGCUAUCUUUAAUUUUGGCUACAAGUUCAGACAAAGCUUUUGGAGAAAUUAUUCUCUUGUUUUCCUUUGGCUGCUUUAUCUCGCAAUUGCAUCUUAUUGGAUGUUGGCUGAUCCUAAUCGUUUCGGCUGCAUGUUCCGUUUCAAUUGUGGAACCAAAGAAGUGUUGACUCAAUUUGGUUAUACACCCCCACCUACCAAUGUCGAACGGUAUAAUACUCCCAUUGGAAAUAACGUCAUGCCUGUCGAGUUUAGAUGGCAACUUUGGGGACUUGUAAUGGGAAAUCUUCUUGCAGGAAUGUUUUAUGAAAGAGUUGUAGUGCUGGGACCUGUUCAUACAUAUCUUUCAAAAAGAUUCCCAGUUAAGCGCCUACAUAAAGUACUUUAAAAUAACUUGUGGAUUUUUCUAUCCCUUCUCCCUAGAUCUAUCUUAACUGAUUAUGGUCGAGCCUUUUACAUAUUUACAUAAUUUUCUUAACUUUCUAAUCUGUUAAUGUAUAUCUUUACUUCUAUCUUUAUUUUUAACAUUCGCGUAACUUCUCAAUAAAAAU